AUGGUCGAGCGGCCGAAUGCGGACGUUCCAGGGUCCGUAAACGUCGGAAACGAAGAUAUCGACGUAAUCAUCGUCAUGUCUAGUGACUUGGCAGCUGUGAGCCCAACGUCGUGCGCUGGCGCACACGUUGAUCAUCGAUUGAGAGGGCUGGAGCGGACACUAGUCGAGACUAUGUCGAUCUCCAAAGAUCUGGGAUAG